AAGAAACAGUCAGACCGUUAGACCUGGCAUUUGAGAGGAAGCUUCUUUAGCAACGCCAAUGGAGUCAGUCAGUCCUGUCACAUACCUGAGUUAUUGGUGGACCAAUCUUGCCUGGAGCAGCUUGUUAUAGUGUUCAGGGGUCUUGUGUGUGUGGGGUUUGAUUGUGUCGGAAGGAUUGCACCCCUUUUUGAUCACCAAGCAGGUUCUGGUAUCUUUUUGGAAGCCGUCUCUCUUGGCUUUCGCAUGGCGAGCCUGUCACUUCCGAGUUUCUGCUCAAGGCUCCGAAUCGCCCGAAAGCAAAGCGAGUCUCCUCGAAUCGCUCAUCAGACAUGGCUCGCCGUGGUGCAUCCGUCUUGAUCGCCCUCGCCUUCGGCCUCUUCGCCUCGCAGGCGUUCGUGUCGCCCGCCAAGGGCGCGCCAGAGGUGGAUGCACGAGUCUUGGGCGCCACCUUCGCUGGCCUUGCCCCCUUGGCCCUGGAGCAGCCAGCCAAUGCCUAUGACAGCGUCGUGGCCAUGCUGCAGAGCUGGUUGGUAGGUGGCAUUGCAUUGGUCUUGAUCUAUGGAGCCGCCUUUGUGGCAGCCCUGGCCAAUCCUCUCACCAAGAGGCGCACGGAGGUCAAAGCCGAGGUGGAUGCCAUGAAGAGGGCCUGAGGCAGCGCCAUCAGCAAGUGAGGGGCUUUUUGAUCUGUCUCAACCAGUGCCCAUUGAACAGAAAAGGAUGGGUGUGCCCGAAAAUGCCCAGUCCAGACUCGAGGAGUGGGCCAUUGGAAUGGCCGGAAGUCGGGUCAGGACAAGACUGCCGCCAUUGCUGGUGCCUCAUCAGACCUACCUGCAACACCAAUCAAUCCCGAU